AUGAGAGUCUGCGUCGAUUAUAGAGACUUGAAUCUCGCUACACCUAAGGAUGUUUACCCCAUGCCGGUCGCGGAUAUGUUGGUAGAUGUUGUGGCAGGACAUGAGUUGUUGUCCUUCAUGGAUGGUAAUGCAGGAUACCACCAGAUUCCGGUCGCUGAAGAAGACAGACAUAAGACCGCUUUCCGCUGCCCUGGCUUCGUAGGAGUUUUUGAAUAUGUGGUCAUGCCGUUUGGCCUGAAGAAUGUUGGUGCGACGUAUCAAAGAGCCAUGAACUUGAUCUUCCACGACAUACUGGGAAAGGUUUUAGAGAUAUAUAUCGAUGACGUAGUCGUCAAGUCUCAGAAGAAGGAGGACCAUAUCGCGGAUCUCAGGAAAGUAUUCGAGCGCAUGCGAAGACAUAGACUCAAGAUGAAUCCGGCCAAAUGCGUGUUUGGGGUCCAGGCAGGAGACUUUCUGGGGUUCAUAGUUCAUCAGCGAGGGAUUGAGGUCCCCGAUGACAAGGCGAGCGCAGUUAUCAACGCGUCUCCCCCGCGGACGAAAAAGGAAUUACAGCGUCUGUUGGGCAAAAUCCAACCGUUCUCGCCAUUGCUAAGGUUACAAGGGCAGAAUGAGUUUGUGUGGGAGGCUAAACAUCAAGAGGCUUUCGACAGUAUCAAGGCCUAUUUGGCAAGCCCACCAGUCCUGAAAGCUGUCAAAGGGCAGGCCAUCGCAGACUUUCUCGCACAUCAUCCUACGUUAGAGAUACCCGCACUGAAGGAGUUAGAGAUUGCCUGCACCAAUACAACUCGACCAGAUUUGGCGUGCAUCCCUGAGUACGCGGUUUGGUACCAAGCUACGGUCUCCCUGCAGCCUUGGGUAUUAUUCUUUGAUGGCUCAAGAACGGACACACUGGCUGGUGCGGGGAUUGUUCUGGAAAACCCGGCCGGUGACCGCUUCUCUUAUUCUUUCCAACUAACAUUCCAAUGUACUAAUAAUCAGGCUGAAUAUGAAGCUCUUAUCAUUGGACUCGAAGUCUUACUGGAAAUGGGCGUACUGGACGUUCAGAUUCGCGGCGAUUCUCAGCUCGUUAUAAACCAGCUCCAGGAAAAAUAUCGCUGUGUGAGUUGGUUGCUCGUGCCAUAUCUGAAUCGCGCUAUCGAGCUUCUGGACCAAUUUACCGAUGUCGAUCUGGAACAUAUACCACGCGAGCGUAACUUUGCAGCUAAUGAGCUCCUUCAGUUGGCCACAGGAAUCACAUUGAAGUAUGGAGUGCGCGAGCGCAUUUUGAAAGUUGAGCGUCGCACAUUACCUUCGUGGCUUGCCCGACCUGAUCCACCAGAUGAUCCCGUAGUCGCGGUACUAGAACCUAUUGAUGUGGAUUGGCGAAUCCCGCUGAUUGAGUACCUCAAACAACCAGAUCCCGGAGCUGACAGGAGGAUUCGCUUCCUCGCAUUGAACUACUUCCUUCGAGGCGAUGAAUUGCGACGACGUGGGGAGGAUGGUAUAGAUUUUCGAUGUGUCUAUGGUCGCGAAGCUAAACGAUUGAUGCGCGAGGUGCACACGGGGAUAUGUGGAGCCCAUCAAGCUGGACCUAAGAUGCGCUGGCUUCUGCGACGUCAUGGUUAUUAUUGGCCCAGCAUUUUGAAGGAUUGUAUCACAUUUGCCAAAGGUUGUGAGGACUGUCAAGCGCAUGGUCCAGUCCAGUUUGGUAUCCCUGAGGUGCUGGUUUCGGAGAGGGGGGCAGCAUUCAUGGGAGGCCCCGUCGAGGAACUGGUCAAUGAUUUUGGUAUUCAAUUCAUACAUAGCACUCCGUAUAAUGCUCAAUCUAAUGGCCAAGCGGAAGCUAGGAACAAGACAAUCAUCACCUUACUAAAGAAGAUGUUGGUAGAGAACCCUCGACAAUGGCAUGACACUCUGUAUGAGACACUUUGGGCCUAUCGCACUUCUAAACGGAAUCCCACCGCCACAACGCCGUAUGCACUUAUGUUCGGUCAUGACGCUGUCUUACCCUUUGGACAAUUUGGUGAUGGAAAAACAACGUAUCGCCCGCUGGGUCGUAGUUACAAAGAAGGCGACCUCGUCUGGAAGGCCAUUUUACCCUUGGGUGAAAAGUUAAACGGUCGCGGUAAAUGGACGCCGCGAUGGGAGGGACCCUUUGUUAUCCACCGAAUCUUGGAACGCGGAGCUUUUCACCUCAGAGACGUAGAUGGCGACAUCCAUCGCAACCCUAUUAACGGCCGUUUUCUGAAGAAAUAUUACCCAAGUGUCUGGGAGUUCGAAGAUCCACCUGAUCCUGUUCUUGCCCAGGCUGGGGGGCAACCUUAA